UAUGGAUAUCUAAGAAAUAACGUAGCCUGCAUAAAAAUAACAAAAUAAAAGAAUUACAAAAUGUGUAAGAGGAUAAGAUGAGAACAAGAGUAGUGAAGAGUAUGCAGUGCCACUAACUUAGUGUCAUGCAGCCUAAAUGACUAAAGCGGCCAGGCUACGUAGAGUGGCCAGCAUUACCGACGUAGUACUGCAGGCACAACGGGGCAUUUUAACAAUUUAAGUAAUAUUAGUGUUAUAAUAGCAAGUUUGUAGCGGCUUUGACCGGGACACCGUAUUUUGCCGGGGGGCGUGUGGCUGCAACACGACAGCCGAACGACAGGCCGCAAAUGGAUCCAGGGACAUCGCGUGAAAGUACCAACGGCGCGGGGUCGCCUAGACCGAGCGGUCUUCGGGAGGAGACCCCGGGGGGAGAAGCGAGAGGCGGAGAAGCGAGCACCGUGAUGUCGAAGCGAAGAGGAGCGGAGGAGCUGACGGUGCCAUGCGAGGAGGAUGAACCGGGGAAACGGAUUCAAACCGGAGGGGAAGAAGAAGCCAGCAAACACGAAGAGGAAUUGGACCCAAGGAUUCAGGAGGAGCUGGAGCAUUUGAACCAGGCCAGUGAUGAGAUCAACCAGCUGGAGCUGCAGCUGGAUGAUGCCCGGUCCAGCUACAGGAGGAUCCUUACUGAUUCCGCCAGGAAGCUCAAUGCUCAGGGCUCCCAGCUUGGCACCUGCAUUGAGAAAGCAAGGCCCUACUAUGAAGCCCGCAGACUUGCCAAAGAGGCCCAACAGGAGACCCAGAAGGCUGCUCUGAGAUAUGAGAGGGCCGUGUCCAUGCACACUGCUGCCAGAGAGAUGGUGUAUGUGGCGGAGCAGGGCCUCCUGGCUGACAGGAACACCAUGGACCCAACCUGGCAGGAGAUGCUUAACCACGCCACCGCUAAGGUGAACGAGGCGGAGGAGGAGCGCCUGCGCAGCGAGCAGGAGCACCAGCGCGUCACACAGCUCUGCCAGGAAGCCGAGGCUCGAGUCCAGAUACUCCAGAAAGCCCUGAAGAAGGUCAUCGUCAAAUCCAAACCUUACUUUGAACUCAAGGCUCAAUUCAAUCACAUUCUGGAGGAACAUAAGGCUAGAGUAGUACAGCUGGAGGAGCGGGUGGCGAAAGUGAAAACACGUUACUCUGUGGCCCUGCGGAACCUGGAGCAGAUCAGCGAGCAGAUCCACGCACAGAGGGGUCAAAUCAGGGCCAGCAGGGGGCGUCCUGCAGUCUGCGGGGGACGGAGCUCCCCCGUGGGUGCUGAGGCUGAGUUCCAAGCUGCCAUUGGGAUUCCCAUCGGGAGCAGCAGUGAGGGAUUUAGCGGAAUAGAGAGCAACUGGGCGGACGGUGAGAAGACCAGGCUGUGGGUGGAGAGGCACAGGGAGAGCGGCUGGGGCCAGAGGGAGCGGCUGGAGGCGGAGCACCCCGCCUCAGACUGCAUGUCAGUCAUCAGCCUGCAGACCAUUGCCUCUGACCUGGAGAAGUGUGACUCGGUGGAGCACCUGGGGGACCUGAGCGACGCUGGGAGCGCCCUGGCGGAGGAGUGGGAGCGCGACAGAAAACCUAAUGAGAGGCCGGACAGCAGGGCAGCAGGGGCAGGAGCAGGGGCAGGAGCAGGGGCAGGAGCAGGGGCGGAGAUGCCCCCGCAAGAGAAGGGAGGGGUUACCAAGGAGACGCAGGAGAGCUUCAACAAACAGCACCACAGAAGUGUUAGUCUAUGAUAGUCAGCCGGAGGACCAAGCUGAGGAGAGAGGAGCAGUAAUGGUGCGUGUCCACUGGCUGCGUCAAUUCCACAUUUCUCAGCCCUAGUCUCUGUAAGCAGCCAGCAAUGCAUUCUGGGAGCGUCACUACGACUUUGAGAAGCUGAGCAUUGAUUUGGCUGCUCUACAUUUGCAUAAAGUUGAAUCUAGACUGCUUUAUGUAAAUCAGAGGCGUCAAGCUCGGCUUGCCGCCUCUCUGAAAAUCUUUUAAAAUGACCGUUGGCGAUCUAAAAUGAAGAUAGAUUCAGCAGCUGCCGAUUAUUUCUCUCAUAAUAUGUUUUUAGGAACACAUUUCUGUGAAUUAUUUUUUUGUAAAAUGAGCAAACGUUUCCAAACAAGCCGCCGUGUUGGUCUGAUUUGAAAUCAUGAGUGAAGCGUUCAUCCAAUCAGGUGCAGCCAUCAAGCUUUUCUUUGCUUGUCAGUGGUCAGCGAAGAGCAACUGACAACCGCAAGUGGAAAGAACAUCAGUGGUCGAGUCCAAUGGUGGGAAGUGGGGCGUCAAAAAAACGCCACAGUGGGCACGCACUGUAAGGAUUAUGACGAGCUCAUGAUGCGGGAACAGAGAGACAAAGAACCCUGACUGAAAUGUGAAAUGGAGAGACUGACAGCGGCACAGCAGCGCCCUGACACUGCAGUUAGGAAUAGCAGGAAGCGUUGGCAGGUACACGGGCCACACACUAAUUAAUCUCUGCGUGACUGCAAUUAUAUGAGAGAGCCGUCCUGCAGAGAGCACAGACCUCCCCUCACUCUCCACUCUGCUGCUCCACAUGCUAAAACGUAAAAGAAAGUCCAUGAAACAAGUACAAGAAAUGCAUUUCUACACUGAAACACUUUUCAUUCAUUUAUAUGUCUUCACGGACAAUUUUAAAAAGUUGGUACCACUUGGCACAAGUUGGUUUUUGCUUUAGGGAUGGACAAAUGGGUCUCUCCGGUUUGUUAUAACUUUAGUUUUCAUUGUAGCUUUGGCCAUCAUUUCUAUCCGAUAUAGUAACUUGUUGAGAUCUGGAAACAGAAACACAAGCCGGGCUGUACAGUUUCUCCAGAUUACUUAAACCACUUUGAUUGGCAGUCAAAAGUGAGUUCACCUGAAAUGUUGCUACUAAUCCCUCAUCACACAGUGAAACGGCUACGUAUGUAGUGGUGGGUCCAGUUAAGCCAGCAAGUCACUCUGUAAACUUUGACAAAGAACAUUUUGGGCAACCAUUUUUAGACCUGCACCUGCAGCUUUUUGGUAAAAAAAAAAAAGCUGUUCGCAGGGAUUAUUUUUCUGGGACAUCUCCCUCCACUCUCUGCCAUAACAAAUCCCUGACACGCUACCCCCUAAUGCAGGAGCACUCUUAACCACACAUUAAUCUUUUUAAAUUUCGUCACAUACAAUCAUACCGUUCAAUAUAGUGAAAUUCAAUUUUUCAACUUCUACCCGUGUCAAUGAAUGGUAAUUUAUGCCUCUAAAUGAAUUGAUUUCCUUCUUGAGUUAUAUAUCUGUACCACCCAGUACUUUUAAAAUACAUUUUUAAAGGAGCAAUACAACCCAUAAAAUGCAAUUUUGCAAAAAAGUGAUUGCCACCCCUACCAUGUUUCAAAAGUAGUUUCUGCCCCUAAAUGACUUAAUUCAAUAAUUAGGGUUUAUGUCUGACAGAUUAUAGCUAGUACUUUUUACCUGUCUUUGUAAAGGGCCAAUACAUCCAGUAACAUAGAUUUAUAUAUAUCUUAACUAGAGAUGUUCCGAUUCCGAUACCAGUAUCGGAAAUGCCUCCGAUACUGCCUGAAAAUGCUGGCAUCGUAUCGGCGAGUACUGGCAGUACAGGGCACGUCGACCGAUAC